UUAAUGACUAAAUAUAUAUAAAAUGUCACAUGAUGACGAAACUAAUGACCUCACAGAAGAUUCUGAACCUGAUUUUAUUGACGUCAGAGAAAUUAAAACGUCAUCAAAAACCAUGGUAACAACGUCACAAACACCGGAAAUAUGUGUCAACAACGUUCCAGUCAAAUUACUCGAUUGUGACGAAAUAAGCCAAACCAAACGAAGCGAAACAGGAAGAUCUUCGUUGAAGUCUUCUUUGACUCGCCUAAAAGAUGAAGAAGAAGGAAGGAAGCGAACCAUAUCAUUUGACCUCCAUGACCAACAUUCGAAACUGGAUGUCACUGUUGAGCCUUCAAAAAGCGACUCGUUACGUAAUCUGUUUACGUCGUCGCGAUGGUCUACGUCAGAAUCGGAAAGUGAUUCCGAGUUGACUGAACAUAACCUUGUAAUCAACCAGCAGUCAGACUCCAGAGAUGGCGUCACUAUAAAAAUGACGCCACUAAAGAAAGAAUCCGCUACACAAAGACAAAAAUCUGCUUCUCGGAUCGCAGCGAUGAACAAGAGCAAAUCACUGAGAGCCACAAGAAAAACAUCAGCUGACGUCAUCGUGAAACGACGUCAUUCAACCGGCGAUGACGUCAUGAAACAAGCAACAGCUCUGAGAGAUUCAGCGAUAGACUUGAUAUCCGACGAGGAGAAUAGCGAGGUUUAUACGGCUGUCAGUUUAGCAGGAACAUUGAAGAGAGGCUCUCAACCUGUCCGGGAAUCAGGAAUAAAGCGGAAGUACGUCAUAAUAGGAGCUGUUGUUGGAACUGCUGUCGCUCUUACAAUUAUUGUUAUAUUGACUGUGUUAUUGUUGCGAAAGGAAUGACGUCACAAAUGUAUGACGUCAUGUGAAUAUUCAUGAAAAUUAUUAGCAAAGACAUGCGAAAUGAGGAUUGUAUGAGAAUCAAUUCUUUACUGUGUGAAAUUGCGUCCACCAGUUUACAGCUGAUCAGUGAAAAUGGGCCACGAUUUAAAUGAGUAUUGUGACCUAGCCCAUUGUUUGAUGAUGUCAAAUAUUUUUGGUAUUUUGAAUAUAUGACGUUGAUUUUUUAUUUUAUUUUGCUGCUUACUUAGGAUAUCUUUCAUGAUCAACUCCCAUAGGCGGCCACUGAGUAUCUACUAUUCUUUGGAAGGACCGGAACCGGAUUGCUAACCUACUUUAUUACACCCUGCGUGAGGUGGUGAGCAUGGGUCUGGUGUAUUCGAGUCAAACGAUUUACCAACUAGGCGAGGUGGUAAUCUCGAGAUGGUAAUCUUUGAACAAAAUGCCAAGAGGCUGACUCAGGACCGGACACAAUUCGAGGGAAGACUGUCAGGAAAACAGCCAGCGUUUCUCAAUCUUUUUCGAUAUAUAUUCCUUCCUUUGCCCAUUGUUUUCAAACUGUUUUUUCUCCCCAACUAUGCAUAAAAACUUUUUUUAAUUUUCCAACCUUUCAAGAGUGUUACGCAUUCGCACUCUGGCUUCUGAAGAAUUUAUAUUGCGUGUAUAAAUAUGUUUUGCACUGAUGAUAAUAAAAUAAAUAAUAA